UUAUCUUCCCAUAGAAUUAUAAAUGGUAAAAACAAAACAUAGAAAGCUACGAAUAUUCCAAGAUAAAUUCUCCACAUAAAUCACUUUAUAUUUGAUUCUUUCACCUUUUCACUCCUCACUAAAAUUCUCAUCAAUCACUAAAAUAGUUCUCAUCACUAAAUCAAUGGCGAUUUUCUCAAGAACCAAACGUGUCACUGACCCACUUGACGACGACGCCAAGGCUCGGAUCUUCAGCAGCCACGGCUGCAUCCUAGACCAAGACUCUCCUCGACUCUACGAGCUUGUACACGGGUUUUUCGAGGAUGGUCCCGAAGAAACAUUCUACGACUCUGACUCCAAACUGUCUGAGAAUUCUGUAGUUGAAUGUCCCAGCGAAGAUAGUGAGGAGAUCCUGAGGAUGGCGGUGAGCUUAUCCGAUUCCGAUCCUUACCAGAAUCUAUUGUUAGCUCACGUUUUGAGAGCUGUGGAGGCAUACUCCGGUUUUAGGUCAAGGAAUAAAUCUGUUUUCGGGGACAAGGUAGUUUCGUUUCUACGAGAGCUCGGCUACAACGCCGCGGUUUGUGUAUCAAAAUGGACUUCAUCGGCCAAACUCAUCGCCGGGAGUUACCAAUUCAUUGACGUCGUUUACAAGCCGUCAGAUAAUGAUCAGACGGCCGUCCGUUACUUCGUUGAUCUAGACUUUGCUUCGGAGUUCGAGAUCGCAAGGCCAACACGCGAAUACACACGUGUGUUGCAGUUGCUGCCUAACGUUUUCGUAGGAAAAGAAGAGAAUCUGAGGACGAUCGUGAGAGAGUCAUGUGACGCAGCGAAGAGGUCGUUGAAGAGCCGUGGCUUGUCUCUCCCACCGUGGCGGAGAAGCUCUUAUUUGCAACACAAGUGGUUUAGUCCGUAUAAAAGAAAGGUGGGAUCUAGUUUGGGAGUGAAGCCGUUGAAUAGUGACGCCGUUAGCUGCCGCUCUUUAGGGUAUGAUGACGGCGCCGUCAAUACUCGUUUGUUCAUUAGGGCAUGAUCCAUGGAGUAUGGAGUAGACUUGUAUAAGUGUAGGCGAAUAGUUGGAGACUACACUUCUUUUUAUUCAAUCUGACUGACGUGAUCCAAGUUGGUUAAAGCAAAGUUUUGUAUCGUGACUAGUAUAUUCUUGUUUAAUAUUCUUAAAAACAAAUUAAGUUUCAUUAUAAAUCAUUAAAUUAUAGACUAGAGGUCAAAUUAUUAAUCAGCAUUUUAGAAUGUCAAAUACUUAAUGUAUCUAUCAAACUGGAUUUCGUGGCCUUCAUUUGCAAUGAUCUCUCGCUAGAUGUUGGUGUUGUGAUAGAUAAUAUAACGGAGGAUAUGCCAAUGAAGCAUAACAGUGCAUGUAUGUGGACAUGUACUUAAAAUGUGAAGAACACCUUAAAAUUGAUUGAGUCGGUGCUAGUAAAACACCUUUUUCCUUUCCACUU